GCGAAAUGCCAAGCACUUGAGAUCGGCGAUUCGCUGAAUAAGUCGACGCUUGCGCAAACGAUGUCGAAGAAAGAUUCGGAAGCGACUGCCGACAUUUUGUCGUAUUUGAAGAGCCAGAACAGGCCGUACAGUGCAGUUGACGUCUUCAACAAUUUGCACAAAAAGCAUGGGAAAACGGUCGUGACACGAUGUUUGGAGCAGCUAGCUGCUGCCGAAAAGAUCAAAGAAAAGACAUACGGAAAGCAGAAAGUGUAUGUGAUAGACCAGAGUCAGUUUGAGGCAGUGGACGACAACGAGUUGAAGAAGCUAGAUGGGAUGGUUGUCAGUCUGACUAAAGAAGGGCGACAGCUCGAAGAAGAGUGUCGCGUUCAAGAACACGAGUUGAAGGCAUUGUCAACUGUUCUCACAACAGAAGAGGCCGAAUCACAGCUAAAACAAAUCACUAGUGAGUGUGAUUUGAUGAGUAAUGCUCAAAAUAUCACACCAGAAGAAAAGGAUAAGAUUUGUAAGGAUCAUCUUGCUGCUGUCAAGGAAUGGAGGAAACGGAAAAGAAUGGUCAUGGAUGUUGUGAACUCUAUUAUGGAAGGAUAUCCGAAAUCGAAGAAGCACCUUUAUGAGGAAGUAGGCAUAGAAACAGAUGAAGAUUGUGGCGUUGUUAUGGCCAAAGACUGACAAUCUCUACGCACACUUGCUGUACUCAACUCAAAAAUCAGAAACUCAUAAUGUCAUUCUACAUUAGACUACACAUACGAAGCAAAUCUAGACCAUUAGAGAAACAAGAUGCCUUCAUGUACAUUUAUUGUUAGCAUAAAAAUUGUGUAACAGAUGA